AUGUCGGGCUCCUCUCAGCUUCGACGUCAGCCGUCGUCUUCCAAUCUCACCCGCCCAGUUCAACCGCGAUCCAGGGCACCCAGCGUAGCACCGCCCGUAUCGUCCGCAGGUGCAGCUCGACGCUUGACUGUCAACGGACCCGCACAACCAGCAUCUCGCUCGGUCUCGUCUUCCAGCACCAACGAUGCUGACAAGAAGCGCUCCGAGGCAGGCGAGUCCAACAUCCAAGUCGUCGUUCGUGUACGAGGUCAAGCUCCUCACGAGCCAAAACGUACAACUCCCGGCAUCCUCACGACAUCAGGUCCGAGAUGUCAGCAGAUCGAUGUAGCGAUCGAGCCGCCCCCCGUCUCUUCUACCUCGGUCAUGGCUUCGUCCUCCAACCUCGUACAGGAGUCCUCCACACGCCAAAAGAGCUACCAUUUCGAUCAGGUCUUUGGUCCCGAGGCAGAUCAGGGAAUGGUCUACCAGGAUGUCGUCGGUCCCAUUCUCGAGGAGGUCAUGUCCGGCUACAACUGCACCAUCUUUGCUUACGGUCAGACCGGCACCGGCAAGACGCACACAAUGGAAGGCGACCUUACUUCUCAGAUGGGUACCUACAGCUCCGAGGCUGGUAUCAUCCCCCGGUCGCUCUAUCGACUCUUUCACACCCUCGAGCUGUCCAAAGAGGACUAUUCAGUCAAAGCAACUUUCAUCGAGCUGUACAACGAAGAGCUCCGCGACCUUCUCAGCCUCGAGCCUUCAGCUUCCGAAGCCUCUUCCAAAGAUGCGCCGCAUGGGCUUCGAAUGUACGAUGACGCGCGAGGCAAAGGCAUCGUAAUUCAGGGUCUCGAAGAAGUUGCGCUCAAAGACGCUGCUCACGGUCUCUCGGUGCUCAGACGUGGGAGUCAAAAGAGGCAGAUCGCGGCGACAAACUGCAACGAGCAGUCGAGUCGUUCCCACGGUGUCUUCACCAUGACUGUUUUCAUCAAGGACAAGGGCUCUCGCGGCGAGGAUGUCCUCAAGAUCGGCAAGCUCAAUCUCGUUGACUUGGCAGGCUCCGAAAACAUCGGUCGGUCCGGUGCAGAGAACAAGCGCGCCAGAGAAGCGGGGAUGAUCAAUCAGAGUCUACUCACCCUCGGACGUGUCAUCAACGCUCUGGUCGAGAAGAACAGUCACAUCCCGUACCGCGAGUCCAAACUCACUCGUCUCUUGCAAGAGUCUCUCGGCGGUCGAACCAAAACAUGCAUCAUCGCCACAGUCUCGCAAGAACGGGCCAACAUCGAGGAAACUCUUUCAACGCUCGACUACGCUCUGCGCGCCAAGUCCAUCAAGAAUCGCCCCGAGCUCAAUACCCGCAUGACUCGCUCCGCGCUCAUCAAAGAGUACGUCUUCGAGAUCGAGCGUCUCAAGGGUGACCUCCAGGCAUCCCGUGAUCAGAAUGGCAUCUACCUGACUGAGGACUCGUGGAAGACGAUGCACUCCGAGCACGAGGAGCGCAAGACACUCGCCGAGACGCUCAAACGCAACGCCGAAGUUACCGAGAGCAAGCUGAACAGCCUCAAGGAGCAGUUCGAGCAAAACAUGCAGCUCCUCGUCAAGCGCGACAACGAGGUCAAGGCGGCAAAGACCGAGUGCGCAGACAAGGUCGCCGAGCUCGAAGCCAUGAUCGCCAAAGCUGCCUCGCUCGAGCUCACUGUUGACCAAGAGAUUGCGCUCCGCAAAGCCUACAUGGCUAGCGAGGCGCACCUCAACCAGACCGCUACCUCGCUCGCCGAUCUCGUGCAGCAGAGCACCGCCGAUGUCCAGGCCCUCUUUGACAAGCUCGAGAGGAAGACAGCCGUCGAGCAGGCCAAUCGUGCUCUGGUCGCCGAAUGCAGAAACGCGGUCUCGCAAAGGGCCGGGCAGCUCCAGUCGAGUUUGGCGAACUUCCACUCGGCGGAAGGUCAAUUUCAUUCCACACUCAAAUCAAGUCUCGACACCCUUAUCAGUGGAACAGAAACCCGCCACGAAGAGCAGCAGCAGUUCCUGCAGGCACGACUCAAAAAGAUUUCAACCUCUCUCCGCGAAGUUCGAUCGGGGCAGAUGGAGUCCAAGGAUGUUCUCACCGCGCUGCUCGGCGAGCUCGAUGCCACGGUCAACGAGAUGCAGGCUUCAAGCGAGGCAAGUCUCGGCUCGCUCAAACAGACUUGCAGAGGCGCGAUCAACGAUGUUGUCUUGGCCAACACGCAGCGUUUCGCCCAGGUUGCUGCGUCGCUGGACUCAAUGGUCCAGUCUCACGUCGCCACGUUGAAAGAUGUGACAGAGAUCAAUCGAUCGAGUCAGGAUCAGAUCGCCCAGAUCAAGGCAGCGGCCCAGGACGCCAAUGCUCAAGAGUUGGCGCGGUUGAGGCAACAGAACGCAUUAUUGACAGCGACGGUGGACGAAAUGAAGCGCAGCAACGUCUCGCUCAAGGCUGACCUCAUGGCCGACUUCGGCAAGCUCCUGACCCGAUUCACGGAUCAACAAGAGUCGGCGGUUUCCGCCUCAAUUGGCUCUGCCCAGGCGGUCGUCUCGGCCUCGGUCCUUGCCGUGGAGGCUCAAGCCGCUGAACAAUCGACACAACUGGAAUCCCUCUCUGCUGCAGCAACCGAGGUGGCCAUCCAGCUGGAGCGCUCGCAAACCUCGCUCGUCGAGCAAGCCAGUGUCACCAGCCAAGACGUCACCCAGGCCAGCAGCGAGCUGGGCGCCAAGAUGGAUGCUUUCGCCUCUGCCAUCGAAGACGAUCUCUCUUCGACUCACACCACCACUGCGCGUGGGCACGAAGAGAUCUCCUCGCUCACCAACAAGGCACGCGAAGAGAUUGAAUCGCGCACCAAAGCUCAGUCGGCCAAGAUCAAGGCGGGCAACACCAAGCUCACCGAGACGUUCGACUCGAUCACUUCCAACCUCCAGACCUCGGCGCAGGACAUGGCUGCCAUUGUCAAGCAAGUCAGCGGCGUUCUGGACGAGAGGCAAGACGAGGUCAACGCCUGGAGCGAGCAGAUGGGCGGGGGCCUCAAGGGCUUGUCUUCGGACUCUAAUACCUUGUUGGCGGGCAAAUUCAAGGAGGACAAGAGCACCGGUCACACGCCGCAGAAGAAGGCGUGGAAGCUGCCAGGAAGGUGGAACCUCGUCCCUGCGAAUCGCGAGGACGCGAUUGAAGCCGGGAGGCAGGUGGCCGACACGCUGCUCUCUUCCGCCACCACCAUGGACGACGUGCCCAGCUCUGACGUGGCAUUCGAGCCAUCCUCGGAAGCUGACGUCGAUGCAGCAGCUGCACCUUCGGCAGACGCGAGCGUCGAAGCGCACGAGACCGUGACACUGCACGCACCCACAUCGCCACCCGCCCCAGCACACGUCGAGACAUCACAAGAGUUGCCGACCAGGACAGCCACUCGACCGCUGCGAGAACUUCCCUUCGGCCACUCCAACCUGCCCAUCUCAACGUCUAAUGAAGACUUGGCUCCCAUCAAGGCCAUCGAAUCGGUGACGGCGCUGCCGAAAUCCAGAGCCGCCAAGAACAAGCUCGCUGCCACUGCUCUGCCUGUGAGCAAGCGCGCGAGAUCGUAG